AGGGGUUGUGGGUAAAAUAACAGGAAGUCAGUUUCUCUACCAUGGCAACGGGGAUGCUACUUGUGUGCGGAUUGGCACUAUUUCUAACAAUAAAAUCAAACCUACUUCACUCCCAGCAGUUUACGAUUUCGUUUCAACGUCCUUCAGACUGCGGCGUGGAACAGUUCUACGACAUCUCCAGUCAGUCCUGUGUGAAAUGCGGACCGAACCAGAGUAGGAGUGCAACUGGUCUGUCUUGUGAAUGUGUGACUGGGUUCAGAGUUCUCGCCACCAACGGAGCUUCCAUCACCUGUCAGCAGUGUCCACUAGAAAAACCGGCAGUAACAGAGGAUGGCUAUGGGUGUAUCCUCUGUCCGGGCAGUCUGACUGAGCAGGGAACCUGUCAGUGCCCGUCUGGGAGUAUACUGGUGGAGCGGGAUGUCCAGGGGAACCCUCUGGAAGAGGCCAGGUGUGAGGUGUGUAACGGAGCUGAACCUGCCCUCUCAGCCCCUGACAGCUACGGAGACAGGUGUCAGAGAUGCCAGGCGUCCCUCAUCAACACUUCUCAGUCCUGUAUGUGUGGUUCCAACAUCCUGGCUGGAGGUAUGUGUUUCCCUCCAACAACCUCCCUACAGCUCAUGCCAGGCAUUGGGAACAUGUGUGUGAUGAACAUGCACUCCUUCAGCAGCGUGGCCAACGAUGCCUGUGGUCUCUACAACACCAUCUUCAGAGCUACCGCAGCCCUGGGAUCUACACAGGAUAUAUCCUACUGGAGAGCCAAUCUCCCAUGGCUUUACUACGGGGACCAGCCGGGUCUGGCCAACCGCGUGCUGCAGACAGAGCCACUUCCCACUGGAUUCAGCUUCAAGGGACGCAACAGGAAUACAGACAUCAACCUAGUGGCUGCUGUCUACAAUGCCAGAGGAGACUUCCUCCAAUGGGAGAAAGUGGGAGGAAACAACCUGCAGCUCUGUCCAGACACCGCCAGGAGACAGGAGGCAGCUUACACCUUUGGCACGGCCUACCAGGAGACUUGUGUUCUCUCUCGUAGCAGACCUGUUGCGUGUAACUUGAACGACUGGUACCUAUCGAGACGUGUGUUACUGGUGGACACUCUGAGUGGGAGAGAGAAGAGCCUCGGCUCUCUGCCAAAAGUCAUACGCAUCGCAAGCAGCAUCAGGAUUGGGUUUCAGCUGGUGCCAGGGACUCAGAAGGGACAGGUGUUCCCUCCUCUCCUCUCUGUGACCUACUCAGACGUCCUCAUCACUGCCCCAAACACACAGACUGUCUCUGUGUCGUUUGCUGUGGACUAUGAGAUGGACCAGACUGAGGCUCACAUGAAGACUGAUAUCGCCCUAGGUGUGUUGGGUGGCGUUUCUGUUCUGUAUUCCCUAGUGAAGACAGCCAGCUGGAAGAGGAGGAUUGGCUCUCCUCUCAUUGACAUGGAGACCGUAUUGAAGUUCCUGUUGUUUUACGCUGGUGAUCUGGCUAACGUCUUCUUCUUCAUCACCGUGGGAACAGGCCUGUACUGGCUCAUCUUCUAUAAGGCCCAGCAUUUUGUGUCAGUGCUGCUACCGUUACCAGGUCUGCAGGAGGAGAGGUUUGUGGCGUAUGUGGGCUGUGCCUUCGCUCUCAAGACUGUGCAGUUUCUCCAUAAGCUGAUCCAGCAGUUGUCAGUGGAUAUCUUCUUYAUAGACUGGGAGAGACCRSGCGGCAAAGCCAACAAGACCAUCCAGGGCAAUGGCAACGGUGAGGCGAAGCACAACCCUUCUCUUCUCCUGUUCAGCAUCUGGAGGACCUACUUUGUGGCCAACGAGUGGAAUGAGAUUCAGACCAUACGCAAGAUCAGCCCCACCUUCCAGAUCAUGGCUGUGCUUUCCUACUGGAGGUACACACACAUCUUCCUUCCUCUCUCUGUGGUUGGCUUCUCCAGUCUGGCCCUUAGGGACCCCUGGUCAGAUCUCCAGCCCCCUCAGUCCUACUCCCCUCCCUACAGCCUGACGCUGCGCUAUGGCCUGGCCGCCACCCUCUGGCUCUGCAUUGGACUGCUGCAGAUCAUUUUCUUCACUGCGUUUCAUGAGCGUUUUGUGGAGGAUAAUCGUCAGUUUGUGGACCUAUGCUCCAUCAGCAACAUCUCGGUGUUGCUGCUGUCCCACAGGUGUUUUGGUUACUACAUCCACGGGCGCUCCGUCCACGGCCACGCUGACACCAAUGAGGAGAUGAACAUCAACCUCAAGAGAGAGGCUGAGUCUCUGUGUGGUCAGAGAGGUCUCCUUCCCAACACAGACACUCAGACCUUCCAGAUCUCCAUCACCAGCCGCCUACGCCUGCAGUACGACCGCAUCCUGGAGCCCCUAGCAGGGUGGGGCUGUAGAAAUGGACCGUCGCGGUUGGUGGACGCAGCCUCGGGACACCCCUUUGACCAGAGCACCAAAGCCUACCACACCAUGAACCGUUUCCUAGGAUCUGUCAUAGACCAUGCCCAUCGGGACAUGGAAUACGUUGUGAGAGACAAACUGUUUUUUGAGAGAGUCAUAGGGAUGGAGUUCAUGGAGCCUAUGGACAAGAGCAUCUUCUACAACGAUGAGUCCCAUUCGUUCAGUGACGUGCUGUUCUAUGGAAAUGAAGCCACUCUGUUGAUCUUUGACACGCUCUUCUUCUGUGUGGUCGACCUGGGAGCACAGAGCUUCAUACUGGCAGGCGUACUCACAUACGUACAGCAAAUGAUCUUUCGGUUAAUCCGUAACGGUAUUGGGCGGAGAAACCUGGCCAACAAAACAUUGGUGGACCAGAGAUUCCUGAUCUAGUUUCUGCUGUCAGAAUGGUGAAAGUAUAGACCAGGCGCAGUCAAUUCCAGUCCUCAGGGCCUGAUUAGUGUCACAGUUUUGCCCCAGCUAACACACCUGACUCCAAUAAUCAACUAAUCAUGAUCUUCAGUUUAGAA